GGCGGGUGGAUUUGAACCUGGCUUUUGCUUUUGCAAGCUACCGUGAACUUUUCGUUAUUUACUUGGUUUCUAGCUCGUGUGCUUGUUUAUUACCUGGUAGUUGCUUGUCAUCUGCCCUUCUACUUCCUCAAUUACCAACAACCUCGAGAGAAACACCCAUUAUUUUGCCCAUCAUGGCUUAUAAUGCUCUCCAGCAAAAUGAUUUUGAUGGGGAUCAUGAUGCUGAUCAUGAAAUAAACUCUACUUCUUCCAAUUCUCCAUUCCAACGAUUGUCAUCAAAUCAUCUAUUUUUAGAUGCGCACAAUGGCGAUACGAGCCACGGGCAAGCAUAUUCUCCAGAAAAUCCACCGAGUCUCAGCCAAAUGGUACAGUCGAUUACUUCGAGGAGUACAAAAACGAGUGGGAGUUAUGAUAUUGUAGAAGACGACGAUUACGAAGAGCACGGGGUGGAGCGAGAGCCAACAUCCCCUCCUUCACUGGCGCUUUCACCAGAGAGGAAGAACGUCACAUCGCGAGAGGGAACUACACCGGAGAAACCCCUAGUUCUGAGCAUUCCACGGCCCCGUCCCCGAAAUCAUACAGCUACAGGGUCGUCCAACAAUACGACUUCUCCUAUAUCACCUCGUGCAAUAUUAUCAAAAGAACGUGCGCCGAUUGUUCGCACAGCAUCAGGUCACAGCAUUGCGUUACGGCAUCCGACACCCGAUUUACAAACGCUGCAAGGAGCUUAUGUAGGGAAUAUUGACAAGUUGGAAAAGACAGCAGAACGAUUGAGUAUGACCUCCUCCAUCGACGAUGCGAUUCGCGAACUCCACAUGGAGCAGAAGCGUUCUGAUAGUCGCCGAUCAUCGAUUCUGUCACAGCUUAACGAAAUGCCACAAGUCUCAAGAGAAGUUUCUAACCCCGGCUCCAUAAUCGAAUUGAACAACGCAGCAAGAUCCGGGGGGUACUCGCCUGCAGGGUACAUGAUGUCUCCGAAGGGUUCCUUUUCUACCACUACACGAGGGAGAUCUGCGUCGAAGAGUUCGAGAUUUGGGAAUCGACCAGAACCAGAAUUGGAAGGAAGACCGUUGGAUUCAUUUGUCAAUAUGUCCUUCCCUUCACUUGUCGACCAUCGAACGCCUUCAAUCGCGGAGCAAGAUGAACGUUCUGCGACCUUGACACGCCCAGCUGUUGACAAUCUCGAAAUAAAAAAUACGGCGGAGAAUAUGGCAGGCCAGGCUGAUGAAUCUCGACCUCAAACCUCAACAUCAACCAACACAUUUGACCAGGCAGAGCGAAUGUUUGCGGAUUUUGAUGGAGUUCAUUCUGCACCUUUGAGAACAUCAUUUGACCAUGAGUUUAUCAUGGACGAGCAAAGGAAAGCUACAUCCGAAAUGAAUGAGGAGUUACACAAUGAUCAGAGAAGAUACUCAUCUGGCACACAGCUUUUGGAAGGGGACAAUGAUCAGAGAAGAGUAGUAUCUGGUGAUCGGCAGUCGAUGGUUAGGCCACAAACAUAUGCUGAUCCAAGUACUGGGCAGCAGAUGGUUUACUACCCAGCACGAGUUCCCAUGAUGCUUAAUUUGCCCCAGAAACUUUCCAAGAAUCCAUCUUCUAUGGCAAGGAAUAAGAGAAGAUCGCAGGUUCUCAGCAAUAUUCCUGCUGCUGCUCGGCAAUCGGCUGUCUGGUUACCUGAUGUGUUGGAGACAAAUGGUGAGCCUGUACACGAAAAUGACGAUGCGCAAAACUUGGAAUACGUGCCUCAGCAUCAGAGAAUGAGUAUGGGUGGGCGAAGAAAUACACAGGAUCUGUCGCAUAUGCCUGCCCACUUAAGAGCAAACGUAUUUUUUGAGCUUCCACAGGGGCAGACUGAGGCUAUGGAAUUAAAGGAUCAAUCGGCUGUUGCUACUCUGGAUAGUAUUUUGGACGCAUCUGCCCAUGCUCCUGUCACCGCGUUCGUUGAUCAUGCAAUUGCCGGACAUCUUGGAAACGAGGUGUACGGAAAAACACACCAACGCAACAAGAGUAGCGCUCAAUUACUGACACCGACACCGGAAAGGCCAGAUAUUUCAAAGAAGCGAACAAGCUCAUUCAACUUUCUAUUGGGUCGUCGGGCAAGUAGCAAUAAUCUACUUGGAGAUAAUGGCAAGCGUGCUUCUACAAUGUCCAAUAUUCAGGUAGAAAGAAAGGCGACAAGGUCUCCUAUUGAAGAUGACGAAGAUGACGUUAUCAACAAGGAUACAACACCUUUACGACACGCACGUGGGGUUAGUGGUGCUACUGAUCUCAUACGAGCCGAGGAAGGUGAAGUAGAAAGUGAAGAGGAUGAGGGUCAAAGGGACGAUGAGAUUUACCACGGUCCACCAACCACACUUCUUGCCGAGUUACAGUUGCGCAAGCAGCAACAGAAAAUUCGAACUCGACCACCUAUCGGUGUUAAUGGCAUGCAGUCUACAUUACUUGAGAUGGACACGGUUCUACAAAGGCAACAGCAAAACAGAAAACAAAAGCGGGUUAAUCUAGCGUGGCAAAUUGGUGACAAUGAGGAUCCUGAUGCCGAAGAAGAUGAAGAUAUUCCCUUGGCCAUGUUAAAUGUAACACGGGGCCACGUUCAAGACACACGCAGGCCGCUUGGUUUGAUGGAAAAACGUGAAUUAGAAGACAAUGAGCCUCUUAGUAGACGCAGAGCUCGGUUAACAGGCCAACCCAUGCCAAUGCCUCGAGCUACUACCAUGAUGCACAUUCCUACAGGCACUCCUGUUGUGGACGAAGAGGAAGGGGAGACACUUGCGCAACGUAUUCGACGUCUGAAGGAACAAGGAGGAACAGCCACUGGCCUUCCAGCUACAAGACCUGUCAGCGGUGAUUUUGCAUCUGAGAUGAUGAGUCAAUUCGGUGGAGACAUUUUGAAUGCUGAGGGUGGCAAGGGCAAAGGAAAGGAAGUUUCUACAACUCCAGUCAACGAGGAAGAGGAAACCUUAGGUCAAAGACGUAAACGUCUGCAAGCAGAAAAAGAAGCUCGCGAAAAAGAAGUCGGCAUGGCUGGUGAUGCUGAAGCGACCCCGGAACCUUUGGUAAUCAACAAAAUGAAUAGUAUGGCUGACAUCCUCUCGGCUCAUCCAGCCGCUGGCGCAAGUCGAAAUUCAUCAUUUGCCAAGCCAUCCCGACCAGCUACUGGUCUCCUUGGCUUGCAUGAGAAGCAAACUCAGCUAAGGGCUAGCACAAUGACUAACCUCGUCACUCAACAAAAUAUGGCUCCCCGUGGCACCCGUAUUAGCAGUGGCACGUACAAUGACCCUCAAUCUCAUGGACAACCUAAUACAAUCCGACCACCAAAUACUUCCAACUACAACCUUCACAACAGCGGCUACCCACAGUUCGCUCAACCAACAACGAACUACAACAACAACUUCAAUAAUUCUAUGACACAGCAUGGAAAUGCAUACCCUAACACAGGCUAUCAGAACAACAUGCCCAUGGGCGGCUAUAAUAACAUGAUGCCGAUUCAGAUGCAAAUGCAGAAUAUCCACACAAACCCCAUUACUGGUAUGCCCACAGGACCUGGUGGUGAACCGCUUAACCAGGGACAAGCUGAUAUGGUGGAGCGAUGGAGACAAAGUGUUAUGCAUUGAAUCAAGUACAUUCAUUCUUUCAAGAAGCCGAAUUUUUCAUUUUGUUUUCACAUCUCGAUUCUCUUCUUUUAUCACAUUUCAGCUUUCGGAUUUUGGUUUUCUGGGAAUGCGAGGAUGGAUACAAAACAACCUAGGAAUGGAUGGAAUUUUAUAGAUAGAUACACAUGGAUGCAGCAUUUAUAGUUGGCGCUUCAUUAUUGCUUUUGAAUUUUCUUGAAUUUUUGAAUUGAGUUUGAAUCUGGACUUUGGACUUUGCAAAUUAUCUAGCGUCGGAUAGUUGCGGGAUACACCUGUUUUGAGCCCAUUUUUGUCUUCUUUCGCUCGGGGCGUCUCGGGGGAGAUGGGGGGAGAAUUUGCAAGAUUGAAUGUGGAAGGAAAGCAUAGCGUAGGAAAUGGGAUGUGCAUUUGGUGGCGUAUAUGGUUAGUUGGUUGCGUAAGUUCUAUAAUCUUGGGAAUGGGAAAUUAGAGGUAUUUGGAAUCGAAAUUUGGGAUGGAGAGGCUGGGAUAGGAUGGGAUGGGGUUAUUUAGAUGCUUGAUUGGGGCUUUUGAUAUAACUAACUGGCAUAGGGAGGGAGGAUGGUGAGGUGUUAAGAUGGUGAGAUUGCAAUGGCGAUGGCGAUGGAUUUAUAUACGUAUCUAUAUAUGGUGGAUGUGGAUUCGUCGGUAGUGGAUUGAUUACCUAUUUAAUAAAGAGAUUUAAUACUUUA